AUGAACAAUCAGGAUCUUCAUCGACAAGUGCGACAGCAGGACGAAGAGGUCAAUGAAGAAACCCCUUUGCUGCAUGCUGCUCCUAGCACCGAGCCAUAUUCUGUGUUCACAGUAAAUCAGAAACGCCUCAUUAUUCUGACAGCGGCGCUUGCUUCAAGCUUUUCGCCUCUAUCUGCAAAUAUCUACUACCCAGCAUUGAAUUCCAUCGCAAAGGAUCUACGAGUAAGCCUAUCUCAAAUUAAUCUCACGAUCACGACAUACAUGAUAUGCCAGGGCCUCGCUCCGAUGAUGACAGUGUCAUUGGCAGACCAAGCUGGUCGUAGACCUGCGUACAUUCUUUGUUUUGUUAUAUACACAUUUGGAAAUAUCGCUCUCGCUCUACAGCACAGCUUUCCAGCACUUUUAGCUCUCCGUGCCGUUCAAAGCUGUGGCAGUAGUGGGACAGUGGCUCUUGCGUCUGCAGUUGCAGCCGACAUUAUCACAUCUGCAGAGCGAGGUAUGUACAUAGGGUUUACCUCUCUGGGAAACAUUCUGGCUCCAUCUAUCGGGCCUAUUCUUGGGGGUGUUUUGAGUAAGUACCUGGGAUGGCAAGCAAUAUUCUGGUUCCUCGCAACUGCAGCAGGUGCCUUCUUUUUGCCUUUGCUGCUCUUUUUCCCCGAAACCUGCCGUGGCAUUGUCGGGAAUGGCUCGACUCCUGCAGUCGGAUGGAAUCGAGCCAUUUGGAGUUACUUACAGACCACCAGCGUGGUGAGCCCGACCCCACCUUCAUCAAUUGUGCCGAGGAAGCGUGUGAAUUUCCCCAACCCAUGCUCAACCUUAAGUCUGUUUUCUCACCGACCUGUGGGACUGGUGCUUUUGGCAAAUGGAGUUGUGUUCAGCAGCUACUACGCCGUCACAGCUGGAAUCCCUGCGCUUUUCCACAAAAUAUAUGAUCUAGAUGACCUGGGUAUUGGACUAUGCUUCAUUCCUGCAGGUCUGGGAUCAUUACUCAGUGCAACUACCAACGGAGUUUUAGUUGACUGGAACUACCGACGGACCCGAAUUAGCGCCGGUCAGACGGUACACAAGAACCAGAAGCAGGACAUCAUUGGAUUCCCCAUCGAACAAGCGAGGUUGCAGAUUGGACUGCCAAUGACAAUACUUGCAGCUGUCUCAAUCGUCAUUUAUGGGGUACUCAUACCCUUGGAGCCACCACUCCUGGUUGCGCUGGCGGUGGUGUUUGUAAUUUGUUUUUGUAUUACGGCGGCAUACAACGUGAUGAAUAUUCUAAUCGUCGACUUGUACUAUGAGACACCUGCUACCGCAAUGGCUGCUAAUAACCUUGUGCGGUGUUUCCUAGGUGCUGGUGCUGCGGCCAUGGUCAACCCUCUGAUCAGACGGAUUGGUGUGCAAUGCACAUAUUGUUUUGUAUCGGGGGCAGUGGCUCUAGUAACUCCAAUUCUAAGUGUUGUUUAUCUUCAUGGUUGGGAGUGGCGAAAGAAACAAGCUGAGACUGCUGCACAACUGCGAACUACCUUCCCUUGGAACCCUGGCUAUCAACUGCAAGUACGGUAUGCUGGGGGUCAGUGGAUUAAUCCUGGCAUGGAAUUGGAUAUUCCAGAGACAAGCGUGAUCCCAGAGCUCAGUAGCAUGAACCUCCGAUGCAACCAGAAAUACAUCACUGUUUUUAUUGAUCUUGACGCCAUAUUACCAGGAACCCGUAUCCAAUCAGUCAUUUUACACUGGUACCAACCAAAUCUCAUGAUAGAUUGCACAAAGCCGAAAACUCCUUCCAUACUCGUUCCUGGCGAUGACCACGGGGACAAUCAUCACUCUGCAGCAUCGUACAUAGCUCCUCGUGCACCACCAAAUACUCACCACCGUUACGUCUAUCUCCUUUUUGCACAGCCCCCAGGCUAUAAAUUUCCUGAAUGUUUCUCACAUGUGUUCCCUGAGACUGUUAGCGCCCGCGCAGGGUUCGACGUCAGAGGGUUUAUACAAGCGGCGGGGUUGAACCCUCCAAUUGCCAUGAACUAUUUCAUUGGCAGACAUGAACCAACCGAGGGCGAGACAACUACCAUGCCUCAUGGUGCGACAACGACCUCGUUCCGUUCCGUGGAUUGUCCCACGACCUCGGCUGGCUUGGUGGCGUGA